AUGAAGAUUCAUAUUCUUGCAGUCCUUUUCUCGUUUUUUUCAGCAACCAAUGCAGCUACAUUACGAUUCGUCUCUCAGACUCCUCUCAGUAUAACUAUCAACAAAGAUGGUUCUUAUACAGUGAACGUGAAUGGUGAACCAUGGCUUGAAUCAUCAGCAAUCUACUUCUAUGCUGAGGGCAGAAGAGUAUCGAUGGGAGAUGGUUCAUUGAAAAUUGCCUCUACCUUUAUGGAUAAUGGUUAUGAUAGUGUAGGCCAGUAUGGUAAAACAUGUUGGCGAUUUGAAAUUGAAUCUAAAUACAUUGAUACAUGUUUUAAACAGUAUAUGGAACCAACACCUUUUAUUAUAUUUGAGCAGCACUAUUUAAACGAUACCGAAAAUACAGCAUCCAUUGACUAUGAUUAUACUAUAGCGGGCUUUCCUGCCUUUACUGCACCACCUACUGGUAAACUGGGUUAUUUACAUUAUGCUGGUAGUAUGACUGGUGACAGCGAUAAAUCGUUUGGAAUAUGGCAGGAGAAAGCUAAAAUGUUAACGGGGGUAGCUGGAGGUCCGUUGGUUUUAUUUGAUAAAGAUGCAGAUGAUUGCCUGAUUUUAUCACCAUUGAACCAAUUUAUGGCAGCAUCCAGUUUAUUUGACGGUCAGAACUAUAGCACUGGUGUCCUAGGUGGAGUCAACUUUGUACCAAAAGAUUUUGUUCUGCAGACCGUACUUUUCUAUGGAAAGGGUAUUAAUCAUGCAAUGUCUGAUUGGGGCCUAUUAUUAACUCAGUAUUAUGGUAAAGAUGAUUCUUAUAGAAAGAGUGAUUUAACAUUGAACUAUAUUGGAUAUUGGACUGAUGGAGGUGCUUAUUACUAUUACAAUACAGAACCCAACAAAACGUAUCAACAAACUAUACUGGAUGUUAGACAGAAUGCUAAAGAUAUUGGGAUGCCCUACAAGUUCGUACAAUAUGAUUCAUUCUUCUAUUAUAAAGGACCCCACGGUGGAGUUAAAACCUGGGUCCCAAUGCCAGAUCUCUUUCCAGAUGGAUUUCAAUAUCUUUAUAAUCAGACCGGUUGGCCUGCUGGUGCUCAUAAUCGCUGGUGGUCACCAAAAACAACCUAUGCCAGACAAAACGGGGGAAAUUUUGAUUUUAUCGUCGAAGAGGCAAAAGCUGUUCCUACAGACCAGGCUUUUUGGGAUUAUUUAUUUGAUAGUUCAAAGAAAUGGGGCUUAACACUAUACGAGCAGGAUUGGUUGGAUAAUGAAUUUGCUGGGGUAAAAGCUUUAUUAACACAGAUAGAUCUGGGUCGAACAUGGUUGAUGCAGAUGGGACGAGCUGCUCAAGAGAAUGGUAUUACAAUUCAAUAUUGUAUGUCUAAUCCAAGACAUAUAAUGCAAAGUGUUGAAAUACCUGUUGUAACACAGGCCCGAGCAAGUGGUGAUUACAGAGCUGGUAAAGAUAACUGGAAGAUUGGAAUCAGUUCUAUAAUGGUAGAUGCUCUAGGUGUAGCACCGUUUAAAGAUAAUUUUUGGUCAUCGCCUGAUCAACCUGGUAAUCCCGCAUACCCUGAUCUCAAGGAAACACAUGCAGAUUUACAAGUAGCUGUAUCAACAUUAAGCACUGCACCGGUUGCACCUGGUGACAUGUUGAACAAAACCAAUGUGCCAUUAGUUAUGCAAUGCUGUAACGCAGAUGGAAUGCUUUUGCAACCAUCAAAACCCGCAAAAGCAAUAGACGCACAAAUACUACAGUUGGCUUUUGGAGGCGAUGUUGGUCCUCAAGGGGAUAUCUGGACAACAUUUAGUAAUAUAGCCGGUUUCUAUUUUGGUAUCAUCCUCGGUACAGAUAUGACAGCUGAUUAUAAUCUGACACCAUCUAAAGCAAGCUUUAAAGCAUUUUUACCAAGUGAGGUCUUUCCAAGAUUUGCCAGUAUACCAAAGUCACAGGAAUUCUCUGCAUCAAAUCCAUUGGUUAUUACAACUAACUGUACUAAAACUAAUAUCUGUUUAUACUACACCAGUCCUGUAUUCUCUCCAGGUGGUACUAAUGUCCUUAUUUAUGGUGAAGAGAAUAAAAUUGUACCAAUGUCACCUAAAAGAGUAACUGAUAUCACAUUAGACCGAGAUUUAAAGCUCACAUUAACAGGAGCAGCAAAGGAAAGUGUGAGAUUUGGUUUCAUUUUGCCUGACCAAUAUAUCACCAUAACUUGUCAGUUAGGGCAAUCUGGUUCUGCUGUUUUAAGUUUUAAUGAGCGAUCUUGUAAUGGAUAUUAA